AGGCGCCGCCGCCUGCUUGUUGUUUUGUGAAGGCGUCACAAGCCGCCCGCGCCGGCGGACAGCGCCGGGCCCUCCGCCCAGGUGAUUCUGCUCUAACAGAUCUCGCUUUACGAUGGAAGAACGUUGGCGUUUUGUUUAGCCUGGGAUUUGUGCGCUCUUGGAGGAUCACAGGAAGGUAGGGCUGCAACAGACCUCAUGAGCUCAUCUAGUCCAUCCCCCUGCUCAAGGCAGGAGCGUUGCUGACUAAACCAUCCCAGUUACUGUUACAAAGAGGAAUAAAGUUACAGCAGAGAUCCUGUGAUCCAAGAUACUUUGAAAAUGUCUGAAAAUUCCAGUGACAGUGAUUCAUCUUGUGGCUGGACUGUCAUCAAUCAUGAGGGUUCUGACAUAGAAACAGCGGUUUCUGAAAAUGGUGGAACAACUAGUAACCAUGAGUUCGCUUCAGAAGAAUAUAUUACUUUGCAAGAAGAGGAGGAGCAACCGUUAGAUUCAAGCAUAGAAGGCAACAAAGAUGGUGCGUCAUCGAUGGUAGAAACUCCUCUGUCUGCCUUGGAGGAAACCAAAGCAGGUCCUGAGGCAAAGAAAGAAAGUGUGCCUGAUGAUGGUUCCUGUAUUGGGGCUAAUAGUGAUGAUUCUGACAUUGUUACCCUUGAAACACCUAAAGCAGAAGAAGUUCCCACCCAAGAAGAAGCUGUGGUUGAUGAUGAGGAAGCUCAGAGUUCAGAAGAUUUUAACAUGGGUUCUUCCUCUAGCAGUCAGUACACAUUCUGUCAGCCAGAAACGGUCUUUCCCUCUCAGCCUGCUGAUGAUGAAUCAAGUAGUGAUGAAACCAGCAACCAGUCUAGUCCUGCACUGAGAAGGCGACGUGCAAAGAAGAGGUUAGCCUCUAGCUCUGAAUCGGAGGUGGGGCUAUCUAAUGAGCAGGAAAAUGUACCUCCCAAAGAAGAGAGACAGAAGCGCCAGUUCAGUAGCGGCCUUAAUCGGUGCAUUAUACUAGCUUUGGUGAUAGCAGUCAGCAUGGGAUUUGGACACUUUUAUGGUACAAUUCAGAUCCAAAAACGUCAGCAGUUGGUGGAAAAGACGCAUGAAGAUGAGCUGAAUGGAAUGAAGGAUGACCUGUAUCAAUGCCAACAACAGCAAGAAGUAAAAGGAGACCAUAAAGUAGGGUCAUUAAAAGAGGACCUUGCAACAUGUCUGAUAUCUACUGAAGUAGAAAAGAAAUCAUUUGAAUUUCAGAAAAGAAGUCUUGCUACAGAAAAUCAGCACUUAAGGGAAUCUCUUGAGAAUGAAGAGAAAGCUUUGGCCUCACUGCAAGAAGAGUUAAGGAAGUUGAGACAACAAAUUAGGAACUUAGAAGAUAAAGGUACUAGCACAGACUCAAUUGUUAUGGAAAAUCAGAAACUGAAGGAACAUUUAGAAGAGGAAAAGCAAAAGAAUAACAACUUUCUUAGGCAAAAAGAGAUACUUUUUGCAGAAGCACAAAUGCUAAGGAGAGAACUUGACAAAGAACGCCAAAUAACAGAAGCUCUCAAAGAAGAACUAGAGCAAUUAAGUUCCCGUCAGACACCCAGUGAUAUGGACACAGACAGUAUGUUGAGAGAAACUCAAGAAAUAGAAAUUUUGCAGGGAAGACUAGCAGAACUGGAAAAGAAGCUAAAUUUUGAACAACAACGUUCUGAUUUGUGGGAGAAGCUGUAUGUUGAAAUGAAGGACCAAAAUGUAAAACAGGAAGUUGAUGAAAAGGGACAAAAGCAAAGUGGAAAAGGAACAAGUAAAACCAAGAAGAAGCCAAAAGAAACAUUUUUUGGCUCUGUUAAAGAAACUUUUGAUGCGAUGAAAAAUUCCACAAAGGAGUUUGUAAGACACCAUAAAGAAAAGAUUAAACAGGCUAAAGAAGCAGUGAAAGAAAACCUGAAAAAAUUCUCUGAUUCUGUGAAGUCUACAUUCAGACACUUCAAGGAUACUACCAAAAAUAUCUUUGAUGAAAAGGAGAAGAAGCCUGGUGAUAAAAGAUAUGAGGCAAACAAAAAAGCAAGAACUGUUUAUCGGGAAUAUAAACCUCACGAGUGUUACAAGCAUAUGCACCACAGAGGGCCUAGCAUGCAAAAUGAUUUCAAAGAAGGAAGAAAACAAAGACCAACUGAAUUUACAACAUUUGAGAAAGAUACUAAUUCACAAAAAUGUCUCAAUGACCCGCUGUGUAACAGAAAACCUCGCUCUGUCCUAAAGGGCUGCUCUGGUAUUUUUGAGUGUGCUCAUCAGGAAUUCAUUAGCCUCUUUAACAAGGUAUUGGACCCUAUUAGGGUGGAUGAAUUUAAUCAGUUAAUACAAAAGUAUUUACAGCAAGAAGUAGACAAUUUCCAUCACUGGAGAGAACUAGAGAAUUUCAUUAAUAAGUUUUUCCAUAAUGGGGUCUUUAUACAUGACCAGAUGCUGUUCACUGACUUUGUUAAUGAUAUUAAGGAUUAUCUUGAAGAAAUGAAGGAGUACCAAAAUGAUGAUGAAGAGGUGUUUGAAGAUUUGGAUAAAUACAUUUACAGAUACUACUUCCACUACAAUAAUUCACCUCAGUUUGGACCCAGUCAACCUUCCAAAAGACCUUCAUUCAUACAAAGUGAAAAUUCCAGACAUGAAAAACAAGCGCAAAAGUACCAUCAGCGUAAUAAAAGAGAAGGUAAAUGGCAUAAACAUGGUCGCACUAAUGGAAGACACAUGGCAAAUCUUGAAAUAGAAUUGGGGCAGUUGCCUUUUGAUCCAAAAUACUAAGUAAUUUAUAUGUGGUAAAAACAUGAAGAUUCAAGCAAAUGAUUUCUAUCCUCACCGGAAAUUUUUUUCAACCAAGUGGCAAGAUGCAAGGUUUUUCUCUAAAUAGUUUGGUAUUUACAUGGUUGUUCAAAAGCAUCAGUUGAGCUUUCUAACAUGCAUAUUCUAUAGUGUUGCUUUGGUUGCAGGUGCACUAUUACAGAAACUAGGCAUGUAAUGACUUGUGUAUGAAAAUAAGCUUAAUUGCAUUCCAUUAGUAUAGUUCCAAUUUGAGUCAUACAUAGGCUAGAUACAGAUGUUCAAAAAGCCUAAGGCAGAAUCAUUCUAAAUUAUGUGGUUUUCUUUAAGUGGUGUAGUUUAGAUUGUAGCAAACAGAACACACAUUCACCCUUUGUUGGGGGGAAUCAAAUAUUAGACCAGGUUCUGCCAUUUUUAAAUCAGUCAGUGAGUGGCAAACUUCUGUUCUGUUACAGGUACAGACCUGUUUCUGAUCACUUAUACCAGUAACAGUGUAAUGUCUGUACCUGGCCAUAAUGUACAAGUCAUUAACACUGAUGUUUGGUGUACUAACUUCAUCUCAUCCUUCAGAAUGUAGGUCUAGAUUAUGGUAAUGCAUCUCAGUGUUUUGUAAUCUUAUACUUGCUUCUUGUCUUUUUUUGGGGGUUCAAGAGCCUGUUGACUUGUGAAGAAUUUGCUGUGCUGCAUUCUAAUCAGCUUGCUGACUUAUGCACUUGAAAUUUCUUGCCCAUCUGCAUAUUGUGGAAGAAAAAUAAAGAAACAUUGUGGGUAAAAAA